AUGCCACCAAAAUCGACAGCUAAGGCAACGGUCUCUCUCGAUCCAUUACCAGACCACUGGUAUCUGUUCUUCGGAAUCCUCGAACCGAUCUCUGUACUCGCCGGAGCAUACUAUGCCCUCGUUCUACCUGAACGAUACAACCAUGAACUCAUCCCGCCUGCCUUCAUCCCGGCAUCCACCCUGCAAAGUUCGCUGCGCCAGGCAGGUGUGCUCACCGAUUCCACCCGGAUGGCACUAGGCCAGCUCGGCAGCUGCUAUCUCCUCAUCAUGCUCAACUCAGCAUUGAUGUUCUAUGCGCUGCGGAAGAUGAUGAAGGCCAAAGAAGAUGCGGAGAAGCUGGAGCGGCUGGUAAGAUAUCUGAUAUUCGUAUUGGGGGCGGCUGACUGGACUCAUAUCGGCAUCACGAUUUGGUUGCUGCCCAAUGGACCACCGACCCGGACGGGGUUGAUCGGGAUCCACAAAGCUACGAUGCUGGAUAAACUACGCUUGUUGGCGACACCAGGAAGUUGGAAUAGUCUGCUGUUUGGAAAUAUCAUCAUCACCUUCAUUCUUUUCUGCUUUCGGGCACUCUGGUGGAGUGGUGUCGCACGAGGCAGUCCAAUCGCAGCCAGAUCGCGAAGAGCCAAAAUCGCGUGA